GGUUAAAACUCACACACACAGAGCUGUACAUUUCAGUGUAGAGAAACACACUGUAACAUUCAGAUACACACAAACCAAGAUAACAAGGAUGGCCGUGUCUGUCAGUGCAGGGGAUUCUGAAAUCAUUGAGGUUGAAACAAACCUUUCUGAGGAUUCGGCAAACUACUUCAAUAUGAAGAUAAACAGAGCAAAAAAAACGGAGGCAGUCCAAAAAUCGGGUCCUGCAGGUAAAAUGCUCUAUAUACUGGUUGGUGUCAGCUUUGGGCUGAUGUGUGUUCUGCAAGUCACUCUGAACAUCUCCUUGCAUCUUGCCCACUCUAACUUCUUGGAGGAACAGAUAAAAUGGUUAGAGACCAGUUACAACAACCUUACUGAAGAGAAAAAACAGCUACAGAUCAGUUACAACAACCUCACUGAAGAGAAAAAACAGCUACAGACCAGUUACAACAACCUGACUGAAGAGAAAAAACAUCUACAGAUCAGUUACAACAACCUGACUAAAGAGAGAGACAAGUUCACUGAGCUGGUUACAGUCUGUCCUAUUGUUGCAACUCCCGUACGGACUUGGGAUAGGCGACGGUUGAGAGCCAUGCCUCCUCGGAAACACAACCCUGCCAAGCCGCACUGCUUCUUGACACACUGCUCGCUUAAACACACUGCUCGCUUAACCCGGAAGCCAGCUGCGCCAAUGUGUUGGAGGAAACAUUGUACAACUUGCGACCGAAGUCAGCGUGCAUGCGCCAGGCCCGCCACAGGGAGUCACUAGAGCGCGAUGGGACAAGGACAUCCCGGCCGGCCAAACCCUCCCCUAUCCUGGACGACGCUGGGCCAAUUGUGCGCCGCCUUAUUGAGCUCCCGGUCGCGGGAGGCUGCAGCACAGCCUGGGAUUGAACCCGGGUCUGUAGUGACACCUCAAGCACAGCAAUGCAGUGCCUUAGAUUGCUGCGCUGCUUGGGAGGCCCAAUAGCAACUAUUUCACAACCAAGAUAUUUGAAGUGGCUUUAAGAUAUCAAGCACGCAAAAUGCACAAUUGCGCAACUGCCAUUUAUCAGGGGGUGCUGUAGCAAGGGUGCACCCCUACUUCCCGCGGCUAUGGCUACAACUUCAACGUUUUAUAUUUUAUAUGUUAAUGCAUGACUACUAGCAGUGGGUGUUAUAAUUAGUGUUAGUGUUUGAGUUUUUGUUUCCUCAUUUGUUUCCUCAUUGGUGAACAAGCCCCAAAAUAAAUGUGCCUAUGAUAUUAGUACGUACACAUAAAGAUGUAGACAAAUGAAUCUCUCUUGAACAAUGAAAUUCAGAAAAUGAUGGAGCUCUAUUUUAACAGUGAAAUAUAACAACAAUAACCUAUUGUCAACUCACAAUUCAAGACAGUCGCUGGAUUAGGUUGUACAUCAAAAUAUCUUGAAUCAUGCAUUCCUGCUUGGACAUGUUAGAUGUUAGAAACAACAUAUUUAUUGAAUAGCCUACCAUCUCAGUAGUCCAUUACACAGUCUAAAGCAGAACGCGGGAUGUUCCCCAAUGCUGGAAGGGGGGCCUCGAGUGAAAAAGUUUGGGAGCCCCUGGUCUAAAUAUAUUUUCUAUUGAGUGACGCCAACUGAAAAAGUGGCACUGGGGAAAAUGUUAGAGACCUGUCAAUGGGUGUGAUUUUUAAUCUAGAAUAACAACUAAUUUGGAUGUUGGGAAGAAAAUUAUGCGAUAGAAUGUUAUGCAGAAAAAUAUGUUGGUAGUACAAGGCUAUGGUAGUUGGCUAGUUGGUAGUACAAGGUACAAGGCUAUGUUUGUGCAAAUAGAAAUCAGUGAUUUAUGUUUACUAUAGGCUAAUGAAGCAAUCAAAAUGUGAUGUGACUAAAAUAUGACUAAAAAUAAAGGGCAUUAAGCUAAAAUGGCCCACUGUUUUCAUAAUUUUGAUAAUAACUAGACUAAAUCAUUAUUCAAAUGACAAAAAAGUGACACUGAAUUAUAUUUUAGUCAAAAUUAGUAAGAUUAAACUAAAUCUAAAAAAAAGAGUGCUAAAAUUAACACUGGUGUGUGUUGGAUCAGCUAAUAGCUCAUGCACACUCCAGCUGGUAGAAAGCACUUUCAUGUUUUCAUAUUUUCUCCUGAAUCGAUCCAAGGUGGCAUAGCAGUUCAGACGUCUUUUGUCCUCAUCUUGUCGUGUCCUGUAUAUAUAUAUAUUU